AUGUCGGCUUCUCCUUCCAACCUUCAGUCGACCAAGCGUCCUCUCGAGGACCCGUCGUCUCCUUCCGGCCCCAACGAUCAGCCCGAGGCUAAGCGCCCGGCGCUGGACAAAGUAGUCAAGAGCGAGGCCGAGGCCGAGACCGAUGUAUCCAGCAACCAGAUUCCUACUGUUGAUGACACCAAGGACACCCAGGGUGAUACCGUGGUUCCCGAUGCGCCUAAUGGCAAGGGUCUCCCUGUUGAUACCCAGCCCAUCCAAUCAACAGCUUCCCAGGCCGACCGAGCGGGCUCUGAUCAGACCCCCCAGGAUGAGUCAAGCUGGGUUCAUAUUCGCGCUGUGAUCUCUAGCCCGGAAGCAGCCACCGUCAUUGGAAAGGGAGGUGAGAAUGUGUCCCAGAUUCGUCGUCUGUCUGGUGCGAAAUGUACUGUCAGCGAUUAUUCUCGCGGUGCUGUGGAGCGUAUCCUGACCGUUAGCGGUCCCCAGGAUGCUGCUGCCAAAGCAUUUGGUUUAAUCAUCCGUACACUUAACAAUGAACCCCUCGAGGCCCCUUCCACUGCCCAGUCCAAGACGUACCCUUUGCGUUUGCUAAUUCCUCACAUUCUCAUCGGCUCCAUCAUUGGCAAGGGUGGUAGUCGCAUUCGUGAGAUUCAGGAGGCCUCUGGUGCUCGCCUGAACGCUUCGGAUGCUUGCCUUCCCCUGUCCACCGAACGGUCCCUCGUCAUCCUCGGUGUCGCGGAUGCCGUCCAUAUUGCUACUUACUAUGUCGCUGUUACCCUGGUUGAGCAGCUUUCCGAACGUUUCGGCGGCCCCGCAGCUUCUGCAUACGCCACUCGCAGCGGUGGUCCUGCCGGCGCUGUCCCCGGUGGCAUGCAGGUCGUACCCUACGUUCCCCAACCCGCCGGUGGCCAAUACGGCCACCCCGAUACUUUCAAGCGUAAUCACCCACACCCCAACCGUGCCGGCGGCGGUGCAUACGGCGUUCCCUAUCUCCACGGCCAGCCCGCCCCUGCUCCCGUUCCCCAGACCCCGAUGCACUUCCCUGCGGCACCCCAGGCUCCCUAUGGCGGUGCCGGACCCCAUCAACCUGCUCCCUUUGUUGGAGGUCCUCAGCAGCCCACCCCUGGUCGUGGUCCCCCAACUGCCCCUGCCCCCGUGGGCGGUGCUAUGCCCGGUCAGCCACUGACUCAACAGAUUUAUAUCCCCAACGACAUGGUCGGCGCAAUCAUUGGCAAGGGUGGUGCUAAAAUUAACGAGAUACGUCAUCUGAGCGGCAGUGUCAUCAAGAUCAACGAGCCUCAAGAGAGCAGCAACGAGCGUCUGGUGACCAUCACUGGUACGGCUGAGUGCAACCAGAUGGCCCUUUAUAUGCUCUAUUCCCGUCUUGAAAGCGAAAAGCACCGGAUCUAA